AUGGCUGUUCCUCUCUUAUCUUUCCCUUCAUUGCAAGUUCUUUUUCUCUUGCUUCUCUUCGUUUCUGCCGCCUGUAUCACAGCACAAUCACCUGAAGGCACAAAUUUUACAUGUUCUGUGGAUGAAACUUCCCCUUGUGAAACUUACGUUGCUUAUCUUGCCCAGUCACCGAACUUCCUGAAUCUUGGGAACAUAUCUGAUUUGUUUGCAGUCAGUCGUCUGGCAAUAGCAAGUGCCAGCAAUUUGGUGUCCGAGGACACCUCUUUAAUUCCAGACCAGCUCUUACUUGUGCCUGUAAAUUGUGGCUGCACAGGGAACCAUUUUUUUGCCAGGAUUACUUACCAGAUCAAGCAUGGUGAUAACUACUACUUGGUUUCGACCACUUCGUUUGAGAAUCUUACUAAUUGGGAGGCUGUGAAAGUUCUUAACCCCAAAUUGGAUCCGAACCUCUUGCAUCCUGGUGACAAAGUGAUUUUUCCUUUGUUCUGUAAGUGCCCAUCAAAGACUCAUUUGAAGAAUGGAAUUCAAUAUCUUAUUACUUAUGUGUGGCAGCCUGAUGAUGAUGUCUUCAAUGUGGCUGCUAAGCUAAAUGCGUCUCCACAUGAUAUUGCUAUAGAAAACAACUAUAGAGACUUUAGUGUUGCAGUGCAUCAUCCACUGCUGAUCCCAGUGACUCAAUUGCCGGUUCUGUCUCAACCAUCUCCCUUUCUACCUCAAAGAAGAAAGCAUCACGGGAUCAUCAUAGUAGUUGCAAGCAUAACUGGUGUCCUUUUGAUCUUCCUUCUUCUAUAUUUUCUGGUUCAUGUUCAUUGUUCAGGUAACAAGAAGAAGAAGAACAUGGCUUUGUGUCGUAGUGGUUCCUUUUUGGAGUCCGCGGAUCUUCUUCAAAGGAAAGAGCUCAAGAAAUAUGAGAGUUCCGAACCUAAGAUCAUACAAGGUAAGCUUCUUCCUGGGGUUUCAGGCUAUUUAGGCAAGCCAAUCAUGUACGAUGUCAAGGAGAUUAUGAAGGCAACCAUGGAUCUACAUGAACAUUACAGGAUCGGAGGAUCAGUAUAUAGAGCGAACAUCAAUGGUCAGGUCCUAGCAGUAAAGAAAACAAAGGAAGACGUCACAGAAGAACUAAAGAUUCUGCAGAAAGUGAAUCAUGCAAAUCUAGUGAAAUUAAUUGGACUUUCAUCCGACACAGAUGGGAGUUGCUUCUUAGUUUAUGAAUAUGCAGAAAAUGGGUCACUGGACAAGUGGUUGCACCUAAAAUCGGCAUCUUCCUCGAUCUCAGUGGCCUUUCUCUCCUGGAGUCAGAGGUUACAUAUAGCACUAGAUGUAGCCAGUGGGCUGCAAUACAUGCAUGAACAUAUUCAACCAAGCAUUGUUCACAUGGAUAUAAGAACAAGUAAUGUACUUCUUGACACCAGAUUUAAGGCAAAGAUAGCAAAUUUCUCGAUGGCUAAACUUGCCAAAGAAUCUCUGCUGCCAAAAGUAGAUGUUUUUGCUUUUGGGAUUGUUCUGUUGGAAUUGCUUUCAGGAAAGAAAGCCAUGGUAACAAAAGAAAACGGCGAGAUUUCCUUGUUGUGGAAGGAGAUGAAAGGCGUCAUGGAAGUUGCAGAGAAAAGAGAGGAGAGGUUAAGGAAGUGGAUGGAUCCAAACUUGGAGAACUUCUAUCCAAUAGAUGGUGCUCUAAGUUUGGUAAACUUGGCAAGGGCAUGCACUAUGGAGAAGUCUUCAGCAAGGCCAAGCAUGGCAGAAAUUGUCUUCAACCUCACUGUUCUCACACAGUCAUCUUCAGAUACAUUAGAAAGGUCAUGGACUUCUGGGCUUGAAGCAGAAGAAGAUAUUCAGAUAACCAGUCCAGUCACAGCUCGUUGAUUUGACAUAGAAUACAAAAGUCCAAAGAGAUUUUCUCAUUC